GGUCAUGUGUUUUCUCUCUUCUUUUUCUUCCCCCUUCAUUUCAUUUUUCUUUUUCUCUCCUGCAGCAGUUUUCUGUUCAUGUGUUAUUUAUAGCCCCCCUAAAACCUCCUCUCUUUUACCUCUCACCAUAAUUCCCAUUCUUCCUUUCUCUUCUCCUCUCUUCUCUUUCUUUCUGUCGGAGUGCCUGAUGGGAGAUCUGGGGAGGAGCCCUGCUGAACUGGAUUUGACCAUUGGUGUCCCUGGGUUGAUCUCUUCUUCACCUAUUCGUUCUGGAGGGGGAGGUUGCAACAUGAGAGACCUGGACAUAAACCAGCCAGCUUAUGGUGGGGAGGAGGAGUACCCCAUGGCCAGCAUAGAAGAAGAGGAAGAGGAGGGUGGGAACCCCCGGCCCAAGAAGCUCCGGCUCUCCAAGGAGCAGUCGAGGCUGCUGGAAGAGAGUUUUAGGCAGCAUCACACCUUGAACCCAAAGCAGAAGGAGGCGUUGGCAAUGAAGCUGAAGCUGAGGCCGCGCCAGGUGGAGGUGUGGUUCCAGAACCGCCGGGCCAGGACUAAGCUGAAGCAGACGGAGAUGGAGUGCGAGUACCUGAAACGGUGCUUCGGGUCGCUGACGGAGGAGAACCGCCGCUUGCAGCGCGAGGUGGAGGAGCUGCGGGCGUUGCGGGUGGCCCCGCCCACCGUGCUCUCCCCCCAUACCCGCCAGCGGCUGCCGGCUUCGUCCCUGACCAUGUGCCCCCGGUGCGAGCGCGUGACCACCGCCGCCACCGCGACUCCUCGCGCCGUCAUCGGCAGGCCGCCGUCGGCCUCGCCGUUCCCACGCUCCACAGCUUGCUAGAAGCGCAGAUGGCUGAGGAGUUUAGUGAUGGGGGGAUAAGUUUUGUACAUGAAAUGACUUCAAGCUUCGAGAUGCUAAACAAGUGCUUUAAUGUUUGCCAUGGAAACCUAUGCAUUAGUUCUGAUAUCAUCCCAAUUCA